UAACCUUAAAAUUUAAAUUAUACAUUGACAAUGUCAUUAAAUACUAUUUUCUUUACUAAUUUGAAACAACAAUCAGUGUUAAGAGUAAUAACUCGACAGUAUGCUAGAUGGUCACAUCGAAGACCAUUAAAAGUGUAUCCAAGUAAUUUAGAAAAUUCUACUGACAACAUACAAAAUGAUCUUCCUAGUGAAACUCGAAAAAUCCGAAUACCUCGUUCACAAUUGAAUGUAAAAGAUGCAGAUCAACUUAUACAGUCUGCUAAGAAGCUUAAAGUACCUAAAGAUCAAUCAAUUUCUAUAGCAAACAUCUCGGAUUCAGUUCCAUUGGAUGAAGAGAAAAAUACCAACUCCGAUGUAUAUCGCGUUAAAAAUGAAGAUGGUAAAUUUUCGUUCGAAAAAAUGAAACGAAAUGAUAAAAAAUUAAGUACUUUGAUGAUGGACGUUAAAUUUCGAAAACAACGGGAACGUUUUAAUAUUGUUUUAUUGGAAGGUACACGAUUGAUUCGUGAUGCUUUGUUAGCGAGUUGUAAACCUCGAACGAUACUCUUUAGCCGUAUGAGUGAAUUAAAAAGUGUACAAGAUUUGUUACCGAAAGAGAAUGUUAGUUUGUAUCAAGUGCCGUAUAAUGACUUACAACUUUGGUCUUCAUUGAAAACUUCACCCGGCAUCAUGGGAAUAUUUGAAACACCAGAUGUAUCCAAAAUCAAAACCGAAUAUAAUGACCUACCUGUAACCGUUGUCUGUGAUAAUAUUCGAGAUCCUGGUAAUUUGGGAGCUGUCAUACGAUGCUCAGCAGCGGUUGGAUGUAAAAAAUUACUAUUAACAAAAGGAUGUGUUGAAUUGUGGGACUUAAAAGUUCUUCGCAGUGCAUCCGGUGCACAUUUUCGAAUAGCUAUUGAACAAAAGCAAUCUUGGAGUGAUAUACAAAAUGAAAUCGGUAGAGAUUCAUCAAUUUUUAUCGCCGAUAACAACCUAAAUAUAUACCCGUCAUUAGUGUCUGCAACUUACAAUGAUUUUCAAUAUUAUAAUUGUCCAGAAAUUACCGUAAUUGUUGGUGGGGAAACACAGGGUGUAAGUAAUGAGGCCUAUUUAUUGGCUGAACAGAAAUCGGGGGCACGAUUACAUAUACCACUUUCAAAUGGGAUUGAAAGUUUAAAUAUCGGUACUGCAUUAGCUGUGAUUUUGUAUGAAAUGAGACGACAGAUUAGUCCUAUUACAUUGCGAAAUAAUCAAUCGAAUCCAAAAAAAGAAAUAAUCAAUGUUUCAUUGCAUAAUACACCAUUUAUAGAAGAUCAAAGAGUUUGUUCGGAUCGUAUUGUUCUUUUAAUCACAAAGGAAGAAGCUGCCGUAUUUUUAUAUACAUUUUUAGUAUGCUCAGUACUUUGUGAUUAA